AUGGGCUUAACCAUGAAAUCUUCAAAGAACAUGACAUCCUUGAAUGCAGAGUUGGCAAAACUUCACCUCAGCCAUGCAGUGCCUCAGUCGUACCCUGGAAAUCAAGGCAUUUACAGAAAAGUUGCUCCAUUGGUCCCACCAAAACCAAGAAAGUCACAACAACAGAAUAUGCCUUUGGUACCCCAAAGUUCUUGUACAAACUAUCAGAUGGAGCCAUCUUUCAGCACAAUGCUUCAGUCCCCAGUGACAGAAUCAAGCAACCCAAGAUCUGGCAUGAGUGCAACAGGAACAUCCCACACAUAUGCAAAUCUUAGCAUGGGAUUACCCCCCAAGGCCCGUGCACCUUACAAUGUGGUCAGCCCUCCAGGCUAUGGAGAUGCACCCUCAAGAUAUGCCAACUACAUUGACCCCUCCAAUUACAGCAACAUGGCCAACUAUGGAAACAGCUCAAACUAUAGCAGUGCUUCCAAUUACAGCGAUCUGGAUAACUUCAAUAGUGCUGCAAGUGUAUCUUCAUACUCUACGUAUGCAACAGAAGAAGACCUGCCACCUCCACCACCACCAGAGCCUGUCCAUUAUGCAAAUUCUGGGCAUAUCCCUGAAGGUUCUUUUCCACCACCUCCUCCAUCACCAGUGUCAUCAUCUUACUCUGAACUUAGGAGAGUGACUGCUCAACCACAAGCACAAAAACCACUUCCACAAGCACCUCAGAAAGCAUCUCAGAAGACAGAUGUGAAUACCAGUACAUGGUUGAACCAGAUGUACGAGUCAUUGUAUGAGCCGGUGAACCCUCGACCUCCAAGCCAGCUUUCAUCCCAGUCAGGAUACAGCAGCUUGGGUAGCUAUGGACAUCCCAACUACCCUUCAGCAGAUGCUCUGAAUAGUCAGCCUUCACGAAGUGGAAGAGCUUCUGCUGUUGAUGACCUUACCAACCUUCUUGUGCGAUCUAUGGAGAGCCCUGGAGAUUCAGAUUUCUUUGACAAAGAGCUUCAGGGCAAGCCAUUCUAUCCAGUGGAUGGAAAGCCAUACUGUGAAGAAGACUACCUGGAAACACUUGAGAAGUGCAGUGUUUGUGCCAUGCCAAUUCUGGACCGCAUUCUUCGAGCAACUGGGAAGCCAUAUCAUCCACAAUGCUUCAGCUGUGUUGCUUGUGGAAAGGGUCUAGAUGGCAUUCCAUUCACUGUGGAUGCUCACAACAGGAUCCAUUGCAUUGAAGACUUUCAUAAGAAGUUUGCACCCCGCUGUUCUGUGUGUGAACAGCCCAUCAUGCCUGAACCAGGUCAGGAGGAGACUGUUCGAGUUGUGGCUCUUGACCGAAGCUUCCAUGUAAACUGUUACAAAUGUGAGAUGAUGAUACCAAGAACAAGCAUUCCAGAAGAAUUUGAUUCACAGAGAUAUCAGUCUUUACCUCUGGCUCACAGUGUUGACAAUGGAGAAGAAAUGCCUUCUGAUGAUCCUGGUGUUAUCCAUGUCAUACCAGAGUCUGGUAGAAGCCAGUGGAAUCACAUAGAGGAUUUAGACUCAUUCUUCACCAGAGUCUACCUCUAUCAUCAGAAGCAUGGAUUUGUCUGUAUGGUACUUCAAGAAGUAUUUGAACUUGCCCAAUUUGCCUUUGUUGUGGUCUUGUCUGUGGUCCUGCUCAGAUGUGUAAACUAUCCUAUUCUCUUCAGGGAUAAGGCAUUACCAGGCCACAGCAACUCCACAUAUGAGAAGAUUAGUCUCUUUGAUGCAAUCAAGUCAGAUUGCAUGGCUGAGCCUGGUGCCCUGCUGAUUGUCUGCCUCAUCAUUGCUUCUUGCUUCUGGCUAUUGCGGCUCAUCAGGGUCCUCUACCACAUAAUCCAGUAUUGGGAAAUUAGGAGCUUCUAUACAAUAGCUCUCAAGAUUCAAGAUAGUGAGCUGGACAAUAUGACAUGGCACGAGGUGCAGACCCGACUCCGUGAGGUCCAGCAUGAACAUGAAAUGUGCAUACACAAGCAAGAUCUCACAGAGCUUGACAUCUACAAUCGAAUUCUCAGGUCUGAAACAUGUUCUUACAUAGUGCUGAGUGAGCUGGACAAUAUGACAUGGCACGAGGUGCAGACCCGACUCCGUGAGGUCCAGCAUGAACAUGAAAUGUGCAUACACAAGCAAGAUCUCACAGAGCUUGACAUCUACAAUCGAAUUCUCAGAUUCAAGAAUUACUUAGUGGCAAUGGUGAACAAGCAACUGGUGUCAUUCACUUUGCAUAUCCCAUUGAUUGGAGAAGUGGUCUUCCUCACCCGAGGACUCAAGUACAACUUGGAGCUCAUUCUUUUCUGUCAGUGCAAGUUCCUCAUGCGCGAUUCGAUAAAAUGGAUGUGCUUACUGGUGAAGCGGGAGCCAGGAACACUGGGCAUGCGUCGGUGGAGCCUCUAUGGCAGGAUCUAUUUGCGACAUUUCAACGAGUUGGACCACGAAUUGAAUGCUCGAUUGAACCGGGGUUAUGCACCUGCUUCCAAGUACAUGAACAUGUUCACCUCACCCAUCUUAGCUGUCAUUGCUCAAAAUAUUGCCUUUGUGAGUGGGACUAUGGUGGCUGUUCUGGCUGCACUUUCCAUUUGGGAUGAAGAUGUCCUCAAUGUAGAGCAUGUGUUCUUCAUGUUGACCAUCUUCACUGUGAUUGUUGCUGGAUGCAGAGUGUUCAUCCCAGAGGAGAACCUAGUCUGGUGUCCCGAAUACCUAAUGAAUGCUGUUCUGGCCCAUGUACAUUAUCUCCCUGAUACUUGGCGGCUGAAGGCCCACACGUCUCCUGUCCGCAACCGAUUUGCUCAGCUGUUCCAGUUCAAAUUUGUAUUUCUUUUGGAGGAAUUACUGUCUCCAGUCUUGACCCCCAUCAUCCUUAUUUUCUACCUUCGUCCACGUUCCCUGGAGAUUGUGGAUUUCCUCCGUAACUUCACCGUACAGGUGGUGGGAGUUGGUGAUGUGUGCUCCUUCGCUCAGAUGAACAUCCGUCGUCAUGGCAACCCUGCCUGGAAGGUCUCCGACAUAGAUGAGGGUGUGGAUGAGAAAGGUAGCAAUGGUGAUGAACCUUCUCCUCUUGUCACCCUACCUUGCCAGCAUCUCCAGGCAGAAGGAGGAAAGGCAGAACUUUCUCUAGUUCAUUUCACUCUUACCAAUCCACAUUGGAAGCCUCCUGACCAUGCCAGUCGGUAUCUUACAUCCCUGCAGCGGCAUGCUGAGAGAGAUCUGGCAACUCUUAAUGGAGUGUCAUCUCUUCAUCAUUCUAUGUACAUGCUCUCCUCUUCCUCAGGAAUUUUGUAUGAAAGCAUGCACAACAAUGGGGGUGGAGGAGAUGAGAAUGAAGGAGAAUCCCUUCAUGCCUCCCUUUAUCCAGGACAGAGCCAACAGGACUCCCUCAUUGAGCUAAACAUUGCCAACAUGAGUCUUUCGGCAAUUUAUCUCCACGAACUUCAUCGACAGAGGCUUAAAAUCAAUAUGGAAGAGCAAAUAGAGGAAACUUUGCAAGCAGGAGCUCCAGCAAUUGACCUUGCAGAAGAAGAGGAUGUGGAUGUCACAGAGCCAAAGCUCAAGUAUGAGCGCAUCCUGAAUGAUGUGGCUGACAUCUUUCGCAAGGAUGCAGCUAGCUGCAUUGCCCUUAACUCCAAGUUUUUGGUGCUCGGAAGCCACUGGGGGAUGGUGUAUGUGUUGGAUCACCAAGGAAAUGCAGUAAGGGGGAAGGAGAUGGCCAUUCAUGCCACUUCCAUUAACCAUCUCUCCCUGGAUGAGCAUGGUGACUUCAUUGCAUCCUGCUCAGAUGAUGGCAAGGUGGCAAUCCAUUGCCUUUACUCUGAAGAGAGCAGCAUGGUCCUCAAUCUAGAUCGGCCAGUGAAAUCCAUUGCCAUUGACCCAUUGUACUUCAAAGGUGGCUCCCAUCGCAAGUUCCUAACUGGGGAUGAAAGGUUAAUUCUCCACGAAAAGACUUUCCUGAAGCAGAAGCAGACUAUACUUCAUGGUGGGGAAGGGGUGAUUCGCACCAUUCGAUGGAGGGGCCAGUUUGUGGCCUGGAGCACAGAUGCAGGGGUAAGGGUGUUUGACAUGAAUGAAAGGCGUACCAUUUCCCUCAUCAAGAAAGAUCACAGUGAUAGAGAAUUCUACAAUGCAUCAAAUGUUAUCAAACAAGAAUUAGAAAUGCAAAUUUCACCUCUGCAUGGAUACAGGUUCCGGCCAGAACUCCUCCGUUGUUACCUGCACUGGCGGGAUGAUCGAUCACUUUUCAUUGGAUGGGCAGACACAAUCAAGGUUUGCAUUGUGCGGAAGCGGGCUGGAGAUGAGGACUUGGCUCGUCUGGACCUCCCUCGCUUCUACGUUGAGAUCAUCUCACAGCUUACCACAGACUUCUUUAUCUGUGGGAUUUCUUCACUUGAGGGACAGGUGGUAGUCCUUACAAUGGACAAACAGGAAGCAAGACUUGACAGUGAAGCCUUUGAGAUCCUUCCUCAAAAGGGGCAGCAGCCACAACUUCGAAUACUUGAUCCUCAUGUUGAAGACUAUAUAGAGGAGUCUGUUGACACCCUCCCUAUCCGGAACUGUGAGGAGAACAAGUGCAAUGAUUACUAUCUAGAUUGUCUUCCAGAAGAGGGUCUGUACUUCAUAGUGAGUCCCAAGGAUGUUGUUAUCGGAAAGCUAAGGGACACUGAUGAUCACAUCGACUGGCUGCUUGAACAGUGGUGGGGCUUUGUCAAGUUGACCAAACCAAGGGACAUCACCAAACUGAAGGAACGAAUUACUGCUGCGUUUGCAGACGUUACUGUUGAAAUUAAGUUUGAAGAAGCCAUGGCUGAAGUGGAGAGAAAUGAGAAGGCUUUGAAGCAUCACACACCAGUGGCCAUUGGGCGCUCCUACCUUGACCAUAUGCUCCGAAAUGGGCACUUUGAGCAGGCUGCUGCUCUCUGCCCCAAGGUGCUGGGAAAGGAUCAGAGGCUUUGGGAGGAAGAAGUGUACAAAUUUGCACAUCUGAAGCAACUAAAGGUUGUUGCACCAUAUCUCCCACGUGGAGACUUUCAUCUCUCCUCCAUAAUCUAUGAGAUGGUCCUCUUCGAGUUUCUCAAGACCAAUCCAGAAGGUCUUCUCAAGGAGUGGUCACCUUCACUGUAUGAGGGGACUGGAAUGAUCAAUGCAGUGUUGGAGCACCUCCUGUCAGAGCCAGAGAACCAAGUUCUCCUUCAGACACUGGCUCAACUCUAUUCCCAUGCCAGGCAGUUUGACAAGGCCCUUGCCAUGUAUCUCAAAUUGAAGCACAAGGAUGUAUUUGAAAUGAUUGAGAAGCAUCGACUGGUGGGAGUGAUUGAAGACAAAUUAGAGGGCUUAAUGACUCUGGAUUCUGGUCGUGCUACCACUCUUCUUCUCGCCAGCAUGGACACUAUCCCUCCCAACACUGUUGUUAAGAGGCUACAACUCAAUAACUACUUCCUAUAUCUGUAUUUGGAUGCUUUAUACAAGAAAGACCCCAAAGGUCUGAGUACAGAAUACCACGCUCUGCUUGUCCGCCUCUAUGUGAUGUUUGAUCGGCCAAAACUCCUUCCACUCUUGAGGAAUAGUUCUCACUAUCCUCUCCAGGAGGCUUUCAUGCUCUGCAGGCAACACAAACUCCAUCAUGAAAUGGUCUUUCUUCUCAAAAGGAUGGGGAAUGUGAGAGAUGCUCUAAAAGUGCUAGUGGAGGAGAUUCAGGACAUCAAAUUGGCUAUUGAUUUCUGCAAAGAAUGUGAUGAUCAAGAUCUCUGGAAUGACAUCAUUAAACGUUCCCUUCAUGAACCUCGUUACAUCAUAGAGCUGUUAAGGAGCAUUGGUACACAUGUGGAUCCAUUGCUCCUUCUUCGACAAAUUCCAUCGGGUCUCAAGAUUCCUGGGUUAAGAGAUGCACUUGUCAAGAUCCUUCAGGAUUACAGUCUCCAGGUUUGA